GUCGUAUAUAUGAUGCCACGAGUUAGCGGCGAAUUUGGAGAGUGUCCAUUUUGAACAGCAAGUCGGCGUAUCUGGUAUUUUCACUUAAAUCUCUUGAAGAUCCCACCAUCACAAUGUCAGACACUGAGAAUCUGCUCAUGGAGACAUCGGAGCAGAACGGCAAUGAGGGAGAGGAGGACCAGAACGGUGCUGAGCAGGAGCUGAUGGGUGGAGAAGAUGGUCAGGACAAUGGCACAGAUGGAGGCAAGAUUGAUGCCAGCAAAGGAGAGGAGGACGCUGGUAAAAUGUUUGUGGGUGGUCUCAGCUGGGACACGAGUAAAAAGGACCUGAAAGAUUACUUCAGUAAGUUUGGCGAGGUGUCGGAUUGCACCAUCAAGAUGGACUCCAACACGGGGCGAUCUCGAGGCUUCGGCUUUGUUCUAUUCAAAGACUCUGCCAGUGUGGACAAGGUGCUGGAGCAGAAGGAACACAGACUGGACGGACGUCAGAUCGACCCCAAGAGGGCGAUGGCCAUGAAGAAGGAGCCCGUCAAGAAGAUCUUUGUUGGAGGUUUGAACCCUGAGGCGACUGAGGACACUAUCAGAGAAUAUUUCGGGGCAUUUGGAGAGAUCGAAACCAUUGAGCUUCCCAUGGACCCCAAAUCGAAGAAAAGGAGGGGUUUCAUCUUCAUCACAUACAAAGACGAAGCGAGUGUCAAGAAGUGUCUGGAGAAGAAAUACCACAACAUCCAGGGAGGCAGGUGUGAGCUGAAGAUUGCCCAGCCAAAGGAGGUGUAUCAGCAGCAGCAGUAUGGACAAGGACGUGGUGGCGGUUAUGGAGGCCGGGGGGGCAGGGGCCGUGGAGGUCAGAACCAGGGCUGGAACCAGGGCUAUGGAAACUACUGGAACCAGGGAUACGGAAACCAAGGCUAUGGCUACAGUGGCUACGGCAGUGGUUACGGCAACUAUGACUACUCUUCUGGUUACUAUGGAUAUGGUCCUGGAUAUGAUUACACUGACCAGGGCAAUGCCAGCUACGGGAAAACCCCAAGACGGGGGGCACACCAGACAGGCUACAAGCCAUACUGAUGAUCACAUGGUAUUGCAAGGGCCCCCGUGAUCCAGUGAGACCGACUGCUUAACGGACACACUGGGCCUAACUCGACCUCUUUUAUGACAGAAGACCAUUUGUACAGAAAACAUCCGAAAUGUAACUUUUCCAUGUUUUUUUUUUUUUGUUUUGUUUUUUGUUUUUUUUUGGUUUGUUUGUUUUAUUUUAUUUUUUUUCUUAAUCCUAUCAUUUUUAGGUUUUACUUUUCCUUUUGGUGUUGUUUUUUUGUUUUGUUUUUUGUUUUUUUUUUCCCUUCCACAUUUCCAUCAACGGAAGUGUAAUUUUUACUGUACUUUUUGGUACCUGUUUUGAUUCUAAUGUAUUGUAAGGGUUGUAUUUUACAUGUUUGCUGGCUUUACAGGUUGAAAAAUCUUGGCGCUGUAAAGGAGCUUUUUUGACAAAUAAAAACAGUUUUCAGUAAUUUUUUUUGUUCUGAUGCUUCCAGAUUUUGGGGUGGAAGAUUAAAAAGUUGUUGAAAGGGUUUAGAAUUAAAAUUCAGUUGUCAAAAUUAAAGUCAUCAUCGAUUACCCUUGGUGUUUUGUAACAACGCAAUCUAAUGAUCUGUUAUAAUGAAGGAUGUAAGUUUAAUAACUUCAAAGGUUUUUUUUUUUUUUUUCAUAUUCCCUUAGACAAGACAUUUGACUUUUGAUUUGAUUUUUUUUUUUUUUUUUUUUUUUUUUUUUUUAAGCCCAUUUUAUUUGCAGUUCAGUAUACCAAGAGUGAAUUUUAACUCAAGUUAUAAUUAUAAUGAAGCGACUUCCUGCAAGCCUCUGUGUUCAAGUUUCUCUGAAUUUACCAGGGAAGCAACAUCUGAAAAUAAGCAGAUUUGGGGGAUGUAAUGGAUAAAAAUGACUCAACCACAUGUAACUGUGGACCUCUUGUUAUAUUAGAACAAACAAGUUUCUAUCCUGGUUUAGUUUGUGUUUUGUAAAGUGUCUUUUGAUUUUAGAAAUACGCGCUCUCAAGUUUGCUGUCUGCUUAUUUUUUCUGGACUGACUUCAAACCUAUGGAGUCUCCUCAGUUAGUGUCUCUGGCAAUUUAUUAGUAAUAAACAUUCUUGUUUGUAA